UUCUAGACCAAAGUGACCACUUUUGUUGAGAUAUCCGUAUCUAAUAUUUUUUUGAGGAAAUAGUUUUCAAUUCCAUAGUUUAAUUAUAAAAUAACCCAAUAAUAUGGGAAAGAAAAAGGGCAAAAAGAAGCAAGAGGAGAAGGAACCUCCAGAUCCAAGAAUGUUGGUCAUGAAAGAAAUAAUAUUAGACAAAGAAGAUUUGAGAAAAACAGAGGAAAAGACACUCAAGAAAGCUCUUCUUCCACUCAAAAGAGUGAACAGCAAUCCUUUGAUCUACGAAUGGGUACCAAUUUCAAAAAAUAUUUUUCCCGAUUCGAAGAGUGUCGAUUAUGGAUUCGAAGGAGUUGUUGAUAUUCCUAAUCAAGUUUAUUAUAAAGAAGAAAUGGAUGAUGAAGAUUUUAAUUUGAACGAGCAAACAAUUUCUGAAAUAUUUGAAAACGGCGUUGGUCUAACUACUUCACUCUCCUUUAUGAAUACUAAUGAAAUUGACGACCGGGAUCUUGACGACCUAAAUAACGUUGAAUCUCAUGAUGCACUGGAUUUCUUGAAGACGAGAGUUGGUAAAGAUAAUAUGAAAAAUAUAGUUGAAACAGUAAAAUCACCACUUUUGGAUUUGCCAAGACGAGACGACGAUGAUGCUGAUGAUGGUGCUGGUAACUAUGGCGACGAGGAAAGUGACCAUUUAGAGAAAACAAAACAGACUGAAGAACCGAACGAUGGCGCCGAUCCAUCUACCUCUUCAGCGUUUAUAAAUACGAAUGAAAUUGAUAGCGAAGGUAGCGACAAACGCAUUAAAAAAUCUCAUAAUAUGAAGCAUUUUUUGAAGAUGAAAAAGUGGAACGAAAGAGAUGAUUCACCUAUCUUGGAUUUGCCGCCAAAAAAUCUCGAUGAUGGUGAUGUAAAGGAUAGUAAUAAUAGAAAUGAUGAACCGAAAGUUGGUGCCGAUCCAACUACCUCUUCAGCAUUUAUGGAUACGAAUAAAAUUGAUAGCAGCGGUAUCGACAAGCGCAGUAAAAAGUCUCAUAAUAUGAAGCAUUUUUUGAAGAUGGAAAAGAGGAGCAAAAGGGCUGAUUCAGAGGAAACAAAGAAUGGCACCAGUUCUGCAUUUCCCGACUCGAUUAUGACUACCAAUGAAAUUGCUAGUGAUGGCAUUGACAAGCAAAAAAAAGUCAAAUCUCAUAAUAUGAAGCAUUUUUUGAAAAUGAAAAAUAGAAAUAAAAUGGUCAAACAACCAAAUAUUCAUGAUGAAGACGACGAUAGUUUACACAAACCGAAAUCAAAGCUUAAAAAAUCUGAACGACAAAAAUCCGAUGUCAGUUCAACAACUUUUCUAUCUUUUACGGAUAUUAAUGAAAUUGACAACAGCCACAAAGUCGGCAAAAAUCUUAUCAAAGUUAAAAAGCACAAGAUGAUUCAUUUCCUAAAUAAUUUACCAAAAAGAGUGGAUGAUAAUGAUGAUGCAGAUGACAGUAGUGGUUCUGACGAUAUCUAUUACAGUGAAUAUGGCGAUUCUAGCGAUGACGAGGAAAGUUUACGUAAAAAGAAAACAAAGCAAGAAAUAGCACUUCGUCGCUGUCGGAUUUGUACACUUAUUAUAUUCAUGGUACUGGUUCUACUCAUUGGAACUCUCGUUGGUUUAGUAUUUGCAGGUAUUCAAAUUCCUUUCCUGACUGACCUUAUAUUCCCACCCACAGCUGAAGUUUCGAAUAUCCGUAACUUUACAACCUCGAUAGGAAAUGUCACCACGAUUGCAGGCUUCACCACAGCCAGUGCGUCCUAUAAUACGACUUUUACAUUACCUAGUGCCUUGACGAGUACUAGUACGACUACAACCUUGUCUAGUACGACUAGUACCUCGACAACUGCUAAUACAACUAGCACGACUACAAUCUUGCCUAGUACAUCGACAAGCGUUAGUACAACUAGCACGACAACAACCUUGCCUAGUAAGACUAGUACCUCUACGAGGGCUGGUACAGCAAGUACGACUACAACCAUGGCUAGUACUACUACCACAACUGAAAGCUUUGUCGGUGCUGGAUCGGGAAUAAAUUCUGGGCAGGCUGUCCCCUCCGGAGAAGCGGAAAUUGCUAUAAUUCAUGCAGACAUGUACAAAAUUAACGAUAAACCUGUCAAUACUUCAUGGGAAUAUGUUUGGCCUCCGAAUCACCGAAGGGGAAAGAGGGUUGAAAACAUGUUUUUUGCUGCUUACACAUAUCUUGGAUUCACACUUGACGUGGUUAUAUGUGAUAUUUUACGUCCGGAGGAACGCGGUGCUUGGCGGAUUCUGGUACGAGUGUUUGGAAAACCGAGAUAUAAUUUAGAUAUUAUGAAAUGGUACGGUUUCGAUCGUAAGUUAUCUAUAGAGUUGUACUCAAAAUAUAUAAGAAGAAUGGAGAGAUAUGCCGAAAAUGUAUUACUUUCUCAACAAAACGCAAAAGUCAAAUAUCUUUUCAGUCACGUCGGUCAUACUUUUGCUGUGGAAGUUCCAAAGUACUUCGACAAGGUUGGGAUUCGUCGUCCACCUUCCCAUAUACCAGCUGCAUGGAGCGAUUGUUUUGAAUCUCCCGUUUGUGAUUACUAGAAUAUACGUGUCAAUGUGUAUAUUCUAUGAGCGUAUCUUUACUUAUAAGUAAUGGAAUCGGGCCGGAUAGGAAGGAUGCACAGAUAUGCACACACAUCAAACUAUAAGAA